AAUAAUUAACUUUGGUAUAUUUGAAAAUGGGUGGAAAAAUGAAAUAUUUUUUGGUGUUGAUGGUGAUUAUUUGUGAAAGUUGUAAUGGUGGAGUAGUUCACAAGGUUGGUGAAUCUGCUGGUUGGACCAACAUCAAUCUUACUUCUUCCUAUUACAAUUCUUGGACUGCUUCAAAGAAUUUCCAAGUUGGUGACACCAUUUUGUUCGAGUACAACAAGGAAUUCCACAACGUAGUGAGAGUGACGCACAAGAACUUCAACGAGUGCAACCCUACCGCUCCGUACGCAUCAUGGGCUACCGGCAACGACUCAUUCCCCAUCACGAAGACAGGCCACUACUACUUCAUAUGCGGUCUGCCGAGCCAUUGCCAGGCCGGUCAGAGAGUUGACAUUCGGGUCACUCAACGCACACCCACCCAAAGCCCAAGCCCAAGCCCAAAGCCAGCCAUAGAUACCCCGGAUACUGUCGCUCCAACUCCAGCUCCAGCCCCAUCUGCUGUCCAUCCUAGUAAAAAGAGUGCCUCUUCAUCUCUUCAAUCACAUUUUAUGCUGUUGAUGUUUGUGGUGGCUACUGCCCUUGCAUUUUAGCUAAUUUGUGUAAUGCACUUUGAAUUUAACAUUCAUUAUAUUUCUGGUUUGGAUCA